AUCGGUGAACAUUAUCUGAGCUUGGGAUUCUCAGAGAGACAUUCAGUGGUGGUGGAAUCAGUGAAGCAUCGAUCGACUGUCUCUCUGCUCUGUGAUUCUCUUCUCCAUUUUUGGUGUUCUUUGAAGCUUAAUCUCGAGAGCGAGCUCUAAAUCUCAAGCUACGACUCUGCCACCAAACACAUGAACUCCUGCAAAACCUUAUUCCGUGGUUCCUUCUCUUCCUCUCCAUUCGCUCCUCUUCGAAACCCUAAUUCGUCUAUCCCCUUUGUCUCGCUUCGCGCUUUUUCUUCUCUUUCCGUUCUGCAUCCAAAUCCAUGCAUCGGAACAGCUCGGUGCACUGUCCAUGGAGCUGCGGCUCUUUCACUGGAGAGCUUCACGGAGAAUUCGCCCAGGGAACUUCCUGUGAGUGUGAAGGAAUUGUUGACAACCAGUCGUGAUGACACGUCAAGCAUGAUGAAGAUGGAGCGGAGAUGCUCCUUAAGCCAAGGUGAGGGUGAUCAUAGAGGAUCAUGGUUUCCUUACGAGGACAGGUUCAAGUGCGGUGACGUGCACCUUAGCAGCCGUGAGGUUCUGGAGGCGGUGAGCCCUCACAUGAUGGAGGAGAGGUCAGAUAGGUUCAGGCGUGUGGUGGAGAACAGAAGCUUCUCGGUGUGUCUUGUGGUUGAAGGUCUCUCUGAUAUUGGAAACAUCUCUGCUGCUUUCCGCUCUGCGGAUGCGUUAGGGAUUCAGUCCGUGCACGUUGUUUCAAUUGACAGCUCCAAAAGGUAUAGGAACAAUCGCCAUGUGAGUAUGGGAGCUGAGAAGUGGCUGGACAUUGAGCUUUGGGACACACCUAAGGAGUGUUUCCAAGUAUUGAAGUCUCGCGGUUACAGGAUCGCCACAACUCAUUUGGGAAUGGACACGGUUUCCAUUUACGAUAUGGACUGGUCAUGUCCAACAGCGAUAGUUGUUGGAAACGAGGGCAGUGGAAUAAGUGAAGAAGCGUUGAAGUUAUCAGAUCUGCAUUGUAGUAUUCCAAUGAAUGGAAUGGUUGAUUCCUUCAAUGUCUCAGUGGCUGCAGGGAUUCUGAUGCACCACGCAGUCUGUGACCGAAGCACUCGUCUGGGAAGUCAUGGAGAUCUGUCGGAAGAAGAGAAAGAGAUAUUGAUGGCUGAGUUUUCACUUCGUCACAGUAGAAGCUCACUUUGCAUUGCUUCCGAGUUCGCUAAACGUAAACAUCAACAACACUCUACUUCCUUCUAAUUUCCAAACUUGUUCUGUUCUUCGUUUUCUAUCUGUUUUGCGUCUUAUGGGCUUUGGUUUGCAUGUAAUUUAAGGUUUUAAUGGGCCAUUACUGGGUAUUAAGAUCUACCUUUUUGUUCCAAAUGUAACACUAGUUCUGUUGGUACAGGUUUUACCUCCAUUUUUAUUGAAUUAAAAAUUCAAUACA